UGCACCGCAUGCGGCUGACAUUACGCAUUCAGAAAUAGAAAGUGAACAUUAUAUACAUUGUUGGUUACUUAGAUCCAAGUUAUAAAUAAAUAUUAAAAUUCGACAAAUAUUAUUCACCAAAAUAUAUUGAUUGCAAAUACAAACGCAGAUUUAUUAUCAAAUUAUAAUAGCAUCUCUUACGUACUGUGUGUUUCCCAGUUCUAAUCAGUGUUUUCGUGUUUCAAGUUUGGAUAAAAUAAAAAUGGCUGAUAAAGUACCAGACACCAACCAAUGCGCCUUGGCGCAGAAAAAAGUCGAUGGAGCCAAAAGCAACCCUUCUUUACUGCCCCAUUUGGAGUCUUUGGAACGCAUGAUGAAACUGCCAAUGGUAGAAGCGGCCUGGGCCCAAUCCCAGGGCGUUUAUGAUAAAGUUAAAGGUUACAACCCGAUGUUAACAUGGGCAUUUGGAACAGCCGAAAGCACAGUCCAAUUGGCCCUGGCAACAGCUUCCCCUUACAUCCAGAAAAUUGACAAACCAAUCCACUAUGUCGAUGAGACCCUCGUCAAAGGCAUCAACAAAUUAGAAGCCUCAGUUCCAAUCGUCAAGGAACAACCUCAGGAGAUCUUAAACCAGACCAGAGAAGUUUUCAGGGAGAAGAAAGAAGCCAUCACCAAAACCGUUCAAGACAACGUUCACAAAGUUUGCACCUUGCGUAAGAUGGGCAACAAGAAAGCCCAGAGCUUGAAAGAUUUAUCAUGGAACAAGGCGAAUGAAGUGUUGGCUACUCAGUAUGGCAACAUGGCUGUUGAAGGAAUCGAUUCGACCUCAAUCCUUGCAGAAAAAUUACUGGAUUACUACUUCCCAGCAACCGAGAAAGACCUGCAAGAAGCUGAAAAUGAUGAUGGAUCGUCUGUAACACCUUUGGAAACUGAUAGGGUGCUUCAUACUGUGCAAACUGUUGGUCAUUUGAGUAACAAGGUUGCUCGUAGGGUUUACAGGAAUGUUGCAGAGCAAUUAAAAAAUUUGAACAAGGAAGAUGUUCAAGAAUAUGUUGCUUCGUUAAUAGCUGUUUUAAGAUUAACCCAAUAUCUUAGUUUCUUGAAUAAUAAGAGAGCCGUGCAAGAAAACAAGGAAGAAAAUGGAAAUGCUGUUGCUGAACAUUAAACUGAACUGAAUUUUGAUGUUGUGAAUGGCUUUGUGCAUGAAUGAUGAUAAUUGGUAGUUUUUAAUUUAAAUUGUGUUUUGUGAAACCAAAGUCUGAAAUGAUAUGGAUAUAAAGUUUAAUGAAUAAUUUUUAUAAAUAAUUUGUUAUAAAGUAUUUUCUUAUUCUUAUAUGAUUCGAGAGUCAUUAAUUAACGGUCACUAUAUAAUAAGCAAUGAAUUAUUAUAAUUUUAUAUUUAAUUCUCUUUCUAUCUAACUAUACAUUGCAAUGAGUGACAAAGUUUGAAAAUUUUGUGGGAACA